AGAGAUGAAUCAGCGAAGCUAGUUAAAGACCACUGGUCUCUUAAGAACAAAUUAGCCUACGUUCAUGUUCAGGCAUACUGCAGUCAAAUGGAGAAAAUGUUCAGACCAGACCAGUUGAUUUAACUUAUCUACAAAUACCUUCAUGUCGCCUACGUAUAAAUAUAGUCCACCUGAAUCCGCCUGCAGACUCUUCACUGCAGUGUCUCACUAUCACGAAAGAACUUUCUCGCCUUAGAAUAAAAUUAAUACUAGAACUAAGUUUCUGCGGCUGCGCAAUGAGGGCCUCUUCGGUGCGAUAUCUUCUUCAAACGUCGCGACAAAAAGUGAGAUAGACUGUAAUGGCCCGGUGAGGUGCCUGUUCGUGAAUGAAUUUAGACGUUUACAGUAUUACACACACAAAAUGAUUCUCACAGUAAAGCCACUCCAAGGAAAGGAAUGCAGUGUCCAGGUCACGGAAAAUGAAAAAGUGUCUACAGUGAAGGAACUGGUCUCAGAGCGCCUUAACAUACCUCCAAAUCAACAGCGAUUGCUCUAUAAAGGAAAAGCCCUGGCAGAUGAGCACCGAUUAAGUGACUACUCUAUUGGGCCAGAGGCUAAACUAAACCUGGUUAUCCGUCCUGCUGGGGAAAGGACUCCUGUGGGUGAACCUGCCCCAGCCAUGGGCAGCCAUGGAGUCUGGCAGUCUGUAGCUGCUGUGCUGGCUAAACACUUCAGCCCUGCAGAUGCUGCAAAAGUGCAGGAACAAUUGAUUAAGGACUAUGAACGCUCGAUAAGACAGCUCAGUCUGGAUGACAUUGAGCGCUUGGCCAUUCGCAUGUUACAUCCAGAGGCUGAUGGUCUGGACCCCUCCUUCAUGGACUAAGUAGAGGGUGGGUGGGGAUACAAGCAACUCCUCCAGGACUAACCACAAAACACAGGGCAAGGGGGGAAUUUUAAGUUGGACUUUUGGGAGCAAGACAUCCCACGCUGUGGACUUGUAUAAGAGCGCAUGCCGCAAAGGUAUCUUCAUGGCCUUGCGAUUUGAAGUAAGGCUAGGCUCAUAACCUCUGUAUUUAUUCAUGUGUUAUAAUGUCAAUACUGAUUUUUUUUUUUUUACAACAAUCAUAAUAGAUUAGUGAUUUUGGAGCGUUUUGCCAAAGCAUUGUUCCAGGAUGUUAUCAGCAUAAUUUAUUUGAUUCCGUUUUUUCUGUAAAACCAUACACAUACUGUUGAGAUUAACAAUGACGAUUAGUUAUGGACAAGUGGAGCGUCUUGGGUUUUGAGUAUGACUGCAGUUAUUUGUAAAUACUGUGUUAUAUGAAUAAGGAAUUAAAAAGGAGAGAAUGCGUUGUCGGUAUUUUA